AUGAUAUUAGAGCUUGGAAACCGAAACCACUUUGUUACCCAAACGUCAGAUGCUGGGAUCAUGGAUGUCGGCCGCUUGGAUGACAGCAAUGAACCUAUGCUAAACGAACGUGACACGCAGUAUCUUUCUUGGCGUUCAUCUGACAGUCGUAGCGCCCUGGUGAAUCCCUUUACAAAUGUGUGGCUGUUUGGAUGUAACAGUCCUAUAUCUCGUUCCAGUCUUGCUCAAUGUUGGCUCCCAGUCUCCAUCUCCACCGAAAGAUUCGAACUGGAAAUCAUCGACGCGCCCAGACAUGUGCAGAGAAUGACGCAUGCCCAAGGUCACCAUCCGUACGACACGUUUCGGAUAGCAGAUGCGUUGGCCGAGCUGACCAAACUCGGUUUAGCAACAUAA